ACAAAUUGGGUGUCACCAUAUGUCCCCUUGUCUGUGCUUCUCUAUUUCCUUUUCGUAGCACUACAUCCAUCACCUUGUCUGUGCGUCUCUGUUUCCUUUUCCUAGUACUACAUCACCACUCUACUCCACAAACUCACUCUCAAUCCUCUACAACUUCAUCUACCCCUACAUCCCAUUUUUGUGCCCACAAAUGGUAAGAACCUACUUCUCUUUUCUCGAUUUUUGCUUCAUGGGAUUUCAGUUUCUUGCGAACCUUUCAUCUGGGUGUCUGUUUUCUGUUCUUUUUCUUUUUGGGAUUUUCUGUCCUUCUCUGUACUUGAAUUUGUGGUUUCUGGGGGUUUUCCUCUCUUGAAUUUGGAAUCAGGACCCUUUUGUUUCCUUUUCUUCUACUGUUCUUAAGAGGGUCUUCCAAAUUUACCAAUAAUUCUCCUUAGAAAUGGAUAUUUCUGAAUUUUCCCUCUGUUUUGAACUUGGGAGCAAGCUAUGAAGGGGGAAACAACGCCGAUGGAGACUCGUUUGCUUCUUCUUCUCCGUUUUACCUUUUCUUUUUUGGCUAAGUAAUUCAAGAGGCCGCUAUUUAACUCCACUUGAGAAGAUCUUCUGAUGUAUAAAAAGGAGUAUCGAUAAGAACUUGUUUGGGAUAAUUCAAGAGAUCUCGGACUAACAGAUGCACUGCCUGGGAUAAUACAAGCCCUUGCAUAAGCACUGUUUUGCCACUUAUGACUAAUGGUUAUUUACAUGAGUGACAGCCAACAUCGACUUAUUUGGCGUUUCCUAUUGUCAACCGAAUAAUCAACCGUCUAAUUCUAAAUCCUAUUUCCAAUAUGCAAUCACCAAAGUUGAAUUUGGAACGGGAAGAAGAUUCAGAAGUGAGCACCCAAGCUGCUUCUGACAUGGCUGUACCUGAAGCAACCUCUAAUCCCUCGAAGGACAGUAGUAGUACCUCCUGCCUCACCAACUCGAUAAAAGGUAAUACCAAUCAAGGUUUGGUUUCUGUUGACUUGACACUUCAUUUCAACCCAAAUGAUGUCGACGCAAAUGGUAGUGGUGAGACUAGUAGUGAAGCAGUUGGCCAUGUUUCUGGCCCAACAAACCCCAGGAUGUUCUCUUGCAAUUACUGUCGACGUAAAUUCUUUAGCUCUCAGGCCUUGGGUGGCCACCAGAAUGCUCAUAAAAGGGAGAGGACAAUGGCAAAGCGAGCGAUGCGGAUGGGUAUGUUCUCUAAUAGAUAUACUAGCUUGGCUUCACUUCCACUUCAUGGUUCUGCAUAUCGGUCGCUCGGGAUCGAAGCUCAUGCUGCAGUGCACCAUAAAAUCUUACCUGCACAACGGCCAUUUAUUGCUAGAAAUGGAGUCACGUUUGAUGAAGGGUACAUUGGAAUGCCAUUUUUUAUGGAAGAUGAGGAUGUUGCUCCAUUUUGGCCUGGGAGUUUCCGACGAGUAAACGAGAGAUCUACUGGUUCUAUGCCUGGGGAAGUAUCUCAAGUUCCAAGCCCAAAAUCUGGUACGAGCAUGGCACCGCCGAGAAUGAGUUGUUCGCCUGAUCUUACUUUAAGACUCUAAGCUUUUUUGGUUUUGUUGCCUUGUUUCUAAAUAUUUUCCCCAUAUUGGUAAUUAUGUAGAGUGAGGUGCGGUGCAAGCUUUUUAUUGAGUCAUAUAUGUAAUUCUUCUCCGUCUACCAUAACUUGACAUCUUAAGGAACACUCUUAUUUGGAUGGAUGUGGUGUUAG